AACCACUUCCAAAUAGCAGCCCGCCAAUAUCUAAGUGACACGUAGGCUUCACAUCUUUACUAUCGUGUGGAUACACAACAUGGGAUUUGAAAAUUUACUCCCCUUCCCCCCUCUCACAGAGAUGCAUGAAUCUGGAUUUACGGCUACCCAUUCCUUCCCCCUUUGCAUGGCUUUGCACCCACUUGCGACACAGACAUCUCUGCCCAACCUCUCUUUGGACUAGAACUAAAACCUCGCGACACAGACAUCUCCAUCUCUCUCAAAGCCCCCUAAACCCAAGACCCACUCCUGUCUCUCUUGAACCUGUGGACAACAGAAUUUUCAAAGAUGAAAUCAACACAACAGCAGAAUUUAUUUGGGAAAAGUGGAACGUGGUGAUGGUUGGCAAUGGAAUGACUACAACAAUUGUAUCUGGAAAUCUCAACUUUGUGGAUGGGACGCCAACUUUUUCAAUUACAACAUUUGCUGUGUUUGGCAAGGGCAAGGGCUUCAUUGCACGAGAUAUGGGGUUUCGUAACAACGCGGGUGCAAUCAAGCAUCAGGCAGUGGCUCUAAUGUCAAACUCAAACCUAUCAAUCUUGUACCAAUUUCACAUUGAUGCAGUCCAAGAUACCCUCUAUACACAUGCCAAUCAACAGUUCUACCGAGAAUGCAACAUUUACGGCACAAUUGAUUUCAUCCCUAGAAAUUCCAUUGUUGUCAUGCAGUGGUGCAAAGAGGUGGAAAUUUCUUAUGUUGCUGAAGGGGGCUAUUGGCGAUGGAAAGCUUCAAUGAAAUUGCUGAAGGGGGCAAAUUCUGCUUUUGUGAGAUGUAAUACAGUGUGUUGAGGUUGUUCUUAUUUUGGUGAAAUUUCUGACCUGGCAGAAGUAGAGAGGGAGGCUGUUAAACCCACAAUCUCUGUUGGACUGCUUUAAAGUGGAACUCUAUAAUAUCAUACUAAUGCUUAUAGCUAGAGUUUAUUCUGGAA